GGCUCCUUCGGUUAUGGUUUAACUUUGUUUUUGAUCUUCCUUGGGAUUAUUUUACACAUCUGGAAACGGUUUGCCAUUGAUACAUCGUGACAGAAGAUUACAAGUGUCACCGAUAAGCAAUUUAAUGUUGUAGCUAAUUAUACAACCCACGGUAUUUCCAAGUGUUGAAGUGGCAAAGGCGACCUACUUUGAAAAGAUUUCUCGAGGCAGUGACUUCGUGGUCGUUAGAUGCUGGCUUUCGCUAGCUAUAAGAGGUAUGGAAAGCUAUCUAGUCAGCUAAAGAGGUGAAUACCUCAUUCCCCAUGUGAUGAGCCCUUGUGUCACUGAGUCACAGACAUGGAUAGCUUCCGAAACCUCGAAGAUGAGACGUUUCCCAGCUUCAUCUCCAAUGCUUCAAUGGGCAAUAGUGGCUGUGCCACUCUGGGCAAUGUGACGCUCGGGUCCACCCUCGGGGUACCCAUGGCUGCUUCUACCGUUGCUAAAAUUAGAACUACAGCAGACAACAGGUUAACUGAUGUCCAAGCAUCUUACUUGGAGGAUGGCCCACUUUCUUGUAUGCAUUCUCAAGGCUCAAACUACGAGAAGGAGAAGUUUGUACUCAGCUUCAAAGAUGAUUUGGAUCGUGCAGAUGACUUCAUCGCUGCUAAUCGGUUCUCAGAACUACUGGUGAAAGUUAAUUUUGAUGAUUUGGGAUGUGUGUCCAGUUCUAAGGCUUCUGUAACCAAAGUGGGACCACCUUCUGCCCUUGCCCGGCCCUCUGAUUACCCCAGUGACAUUUCAAGUGGCCUGCUCACAUUUUCUCAGACUGGGAGUAAAGAAACCUUGGCUGCUCAGGGUAUAUUGGCCCCAGCCCCCAUAGAGGAAGAGUCUCCCGGGAGUGAGGCAGUGGACAGUGAUGGUGUGAGUGGCAGUGUUGCCAGCUUCUUGGCAAAUGAGAAGCUCAUGUCACUUGACAGCAUGAACAGUGAUGUUUCAGAUGAUGACCUUGACAUGGACCGCCUGCAUGAAGAAGAGCUGAAACAGUACUUCAACAAGCUGAUUCCACCUGCCAUGCAGAGAGGCCGGGUUGAGGGACAGGAGAUCCCUGCUGCUGCUCUACCUGGCAGUCAAGCUAGUUCGUCUCAGACAUGUUUUACUGAACCAGAUUCAUCAUCAAAGACCAGAUACAACUUCCUUGACAAGUGUGAUGAGGAGGACUUUUGCAUGCCUGAUGUGCGACUGGCUGCCACUGGUAUGGACUCCUGCCCUGCCAGUGAUGAGGACACAGAUGAUGAGCUGGAUGCCUCACAGAACCAUAGCAGAGCGAGAUUCCUAUUGCCUAGUACCUCCAGACAACUGGUUGGUGAAAGCCAUCAGCCUAAUUUCAGGCCAGGCCUGGAAGGGGGGAGCUCAGAUGAUGAGCCUCAUCAAAGAGCACAAAUUCUGGAUUCCAGAACCGGCAUCGAGCAUCGGCGCUCUGCUGAGGGACAAGUAAUCGAUUCACCCAUCACAGGAGAUGGUGGAGGUGGUGAUGGAAGCAGCGGGAGUGAAGAAGACGGAAAUGAUGGUGGUGUGUCUACAAUCCCUCUGCCUACUGGUGUUCAGACCACCUAUGAUGUGCUCCGGGGACUGGGCAUCGUGGGAGGAAGUGGAGCGAGUGAGAAUGAUCAGCUGCUCUCUCAGCUACCGGGGUUGGGCAGAUCUUGCUUGGCAGGACAAAGCAAGAUGGGAGACCGUGUGUGCCCAGUUGGUACUGGGGAACCUGAACCUUCUGUUCAAGGACCUGUCAGCCUUUCCCCAGUUAACUGGAGUAUUAAUCAGGACCGGCAAGAGGCGUUUGAUACCAUGGAUAGUUCACACUCAGGUGCAGUAUCUCUAGAAGAACGCUUUGAUUCCAUAUACCUUAGGGCUGGUGCUGACCGCAACCUCCAGGAUUCUGUCUCAGUUCCUCAAGGCACUCAGAACAGUUUCCACAUCUUGGGCAAAACUCCUGUUGGAGAGAGUGAAGUAGGGGUUGACCUUGGGCAGACUAUGGACUUUAAUGCUUUAGGACUUCGUGGAGGCCCUUGUGGAGACUCGUUCAACCUCGAGCAACAGCCAAAUGUCACUAGUAAUGAGCGUCCUGGAGACUCUCUGGAGGCAAAGUACCUUUCUCAGAGCUUCCAUCCGAAUGAAGGCGGGCAUAGUGAUAUUUGGAAUCACCGCUCAGAUGAUGUGGAACUAGAGUUCCAACAAGGUGCAAAUGCUACUCAUAGUGUUGUCUACCAAAAUGAGGAGGGCAAGUGGGUGACUGAUCUUGCCUACUACUCCUCUUUCAAAAAGGAGAUGGAGACAGAUAUGCCUGAGAAUAUUGCUGCACAGUUGGAGUCAGAGGAUUUUGUUGGUGGCAGUCAGGUCAUGGAAAAGAUUAUUCAGGAUCAAAAAGAGUUUGAAAAGGAGCAUCAGUUCAUGCAGGAGGAAAAAAUUGAAGCAGUUAACACUGGUACAGCCCUUGGUGAUACCUCUUGGAAAGUCCCCUCUGGUAGCUACAUUUUGAUGAGGGCCUCCCAAGUUUCCAAUGAGUUUGAGAAGGGGGACCAAAGUUAUUUGCGCAUUUCCCUGGGGGAGUUUUUUCAGCAGCGCUCUGAGGCUCUGGGCUGUUUAGGGAGCCGUGCUGAGGACAACAUAAAGAGGCCCUCAUUUGGUUAUGUAAUCAACUCUCCAGAGAAGAGGGAGCCCUUUGCUCUGCUCCGGCCUUCUGAUUUCUCUUCCAGGGGAGGCUCUGUUCACAGCGACACAGUGGAUCUCAGUGAUACUGAUGAGACUAUGAAUCCUGAGGAUUUGGAGAAAACCAUUGAACCCACAGCAGCUGAGCUUCACCCAGCGAAUGAUUCACUUCCAGAGACAACUGGAAAAAAUGUCCAGAUUCCACCUGUGUUGUCACUGGGUGAUGAGCAGAGUUCAGGCCUCAGUUCUGAAUCACCCAAUUCCAGCAACAGCCUAACGCUGAGCAUUAGCACAAUUGCUUCGGCAAUUGCAGAUGCUUCAUUCAGUUCUGAUCCAGCCCAGCUUGCAGCAAUGAUAAUAGAGUUGUCCAAAAAGGGUCACCCAAAACAUGGUCAGCGGGCAGGGGAAGCUGAUCAGAACCCUGUUCCUGAACAAGUGCUUCAGGACCCUAUGCAGAAAACUUUAUCCCUGGGUGACCUGAGUGCUCUUGACAUGGAGAAAUAUCUAAAGAAGGCUGAGGUGUCCAGCAGUGACAGUGAUUGUUCCAACUCCCAGUCCUGCCUUGACAUCCUGAGCUUGGCCGACUCCAACAGGUCGACACAGACACAGUCUCUUCCCUUGCAAAAUGAAAUUGGUGUUCAUGUUGAAGAUUCAAUCUCAGAGAGAACUCAAGUAAUAAAGAAAAGCCAAGUAUCAAGUGUUGUAUCCAACCAGUCCAAUGGCACUGUGUCAGAAGUUAAACGGUCAGAUGUGAAGAGAAGUGCAAUUCCUCGGCCAAAGACCAGCAUUACAACAGCCACAGCAAAUCCAGCUAGGAGAUCGGUCUGUGCAGGGCAGCCACUGACAUCGUCAACCGUCAGAUCCAGACCUGUGGAAGUCAAGUCCGGGGCUGAAAGAAGCAAAAGUGAGGGCCCUACAGCCACUCCGGCGAGAAACAGAAGUUGUCUAGAACCCAGGGGCAAAAUGGGCACCGCUCGACCACAGGUGUCUGGCGCCUGUCACUCUCUGAAAGGGAAUGGCUCCUCAAUAGAGCCUUCUGCCACUCCAAAGACCUCUCCUGCGGUUCGAAGCAGUCAGCGUCCCGAGCUGCCAUUACCAAGGAGCUCACCGCACACUCCUCGGAGCAAAAGCUGCACGGGGCGACUGGAUGCAUCCACCACAGAGGAGGAACAUUCACUGAGGAGCCCCUCCCAGGCUGUGGGAAAAGAGAAGCCAACAGCUGCUCAGCAGAAUCCUCUCCAAAGCUCUCCUGAGCACAGUGCCACUGGUGGUGUGGAGGUUGGCCACUGCUCCUUCAGACCAUCAACCUCUCCACUCACCCAUUCAAGCCCCAGUCAGACUUUACUGCCUAGUCGAUAUGGGGAGCUGUCUCCGUCCUCCAGUGCUGAUGUGGGUGAGCAGAGUCCUGGGGCUAAUCCCCUCUCACCCCAGUCUCACUUCCCCAGUCCAUCUUUUAGCAGGCUUACCUAUCUCUCUGUUAAUGAGAACACUGUACUGCCCACUCCGGAUCAACAUAAGAAAAAUAACUCCAUGACUCUGAGCACCACCAUCAUCAGAGCAAGUCCCACUCCACCAGGGGACCCUGUUGACACAAACGGACCUGUCCAUCAGAAAACUAAUGCAGGCAUGGUUGUCUCUUUAAAGAGUCCACAAUCUCCUUGUCAUACAGAAACUCCCUAUCUGAUCCAGAAGGCCUCAGAACUUUGCCCACGUAGCCAAAGUGAGUGCAACUUCUGUGAAGACUACACAAGUGAGGGUGGGACAGGGAAAUACCAAGCUGUGCCUGGGCUGAGUCUGUACCCUCAGGGUGACUCUGGUUAUUCCAGCAACCUCAACAUCCAGCAUCAGCCUGGCAUUAUUGGGGAACAGGGUACCAAUCCAUUGCCUAAUAUCUCAGGACCAGGGACUGAAGCUUUCUUCUGCUCUCGCUAUGUUCUCCCCUCUUCCACCUACAAACCUGAAGACUUGAGAUACAGGUUGACCACCCAGGGUGCUUUGUCAGACCUAACAUCUGGUUUGCCAACUCUUCUAACUGGACGAUCAAUCUUUAGCACGCAGCUAGCACAGCAGUACUUUAACACGGAAGGGCCUUCCUCCUACCAUUUAGGAGCCCUGGCUGGACCGUAUGGUUUGUCGGCUGCCAUACCUAGUGCCAAUCCGCAUAUUGGGCAUGCACAUGUACCUGGGCCAGCAGGUCUGUCAUCUGCCUACAUGAAUGCUGGCCAACACCCUCAUCAGUACCCCCUAAGCAAACCUUAUGGACAACCCAUUGUUGGGGCUUGGUCUGCAAGGGACCUGGCUGAUCUCACAAGCCAAGUGGUUGUCCCAGAAGAGCUGAAAUUUCCCAGUGCUUGCUGUGUGGGCAUUGCAUGUCAAACGUCCCUCAGCAUUUUUAACCCCUCAGAGCGAUGGCAACAAGUUGUCAUCUCCAUAGCAAACCUAUCCAUCGAUGGAGAAAAGGUGGACUCCCUCCCAUACCAGUGGCUGAUUGUGAAGAAUAAGACCAUAAUUGGCCCCAAGAGUACAGAGGAGCAGAAGGUUUUGUUGAUUGCUCCUAGGGCUGGCCUGUACCAGUGCACUCUCAGCGUGUCCUCCUGGCCUGCCUCUGCUGAAAGUGAGACUGUGGCACAUGCUGAAGCCUUUGCCAAGAAAGUGGUGCUUGUUGCUGUGGCAGAGAACCCUGCAAUACAAGUAGAUAUUGACAAGACGGGAUGUCUGGACUUUGGAGACAUGACAGGAGGCAGCGUCAAGGCCCUGCCACUCAAACUGGUGAACAGGACUCGUGCCACUGUGCCCAUUCGCUUAGUUAUCAGUGCGAAUGCCUCAGCCUGGCAUUGCUUCAGCUUCUCCAAGAGUCCUCUUGCUAUGACUGGAGAUGGCUCUGUCCUUUCUAGUGGGAACUUGAACCCUGUUUCUGCCCCAUCAGUCAUAAAUCAUGUGAUGCACUCCAGCUAUGGAGAUAAUCCAGAUAGCUUCUUGGUGUGGGUUCAUUUUAAUGCACCUCAGAAGUUCAGCAUGAAGUCUGGUGAGUUAGGCCCAGCAGAUGAUUUCAGUGCUCGAGUGGAUAUCGAGGUGGACAGCCCUGGCCCCAGUCGUGUUAUCCAAAGUGUUGCCCUCAGGGCGAGGUCAGGGACAGCCAGAGUACAUGCCCCCAAAGACCUGCAGCCCGUUUGUCUUCAGUCCCUGUUGGGUCAGUCAGCCAGGCAGAGUCUACCCCUGAAGAAUGCAGGCAAUAUUGAUGUCCAUCUCCGAAUGAAGAGUAAUGAUUGUAACAGCAGCUUCUCAGUGAAGCCAGAUGAGCUCAUCUUACGAACUGGAGAGGAACAAAAUGUCAUUGUCACUUUCACGCCCCAAGACAGCCGGAAAUGCAUAGAGGGUGUACUGACUAUCUUCGUGCUGCCCAGCGGGCCACAGUAUGAGGUUGUCCUUAAGGGAGAGGUUGUACAGGGGAAUUCUGGGAAUGCGUCAACUACACCUGUCACAGUGCUCCAUUCUGAGGUGCCACCUAUCCUCUCCAACAAACAGUUCAUGUCCUGGGGAGGAGUCACUCUGGGUAGGGCAGUGCAGCAGAAGCUGGUGUUGAGGAACAAUUCUCCCACUGCCUCGCAGCAGCUCCGCCUCCUUAUAAGAGGUCAGGACCAGGACUGCUUUCAGUUGCAGAGUACUUUUGGCCCUGAUGAGCGGUUGACUCGGAAUAGAGAAAUGUUAAUCAAGCCCAAAGAGGAUGUAGUAGUUCACCUUCUCUUUGCUCCUACUCGUGUUGCAUCCAUGCUGGCCAAGCUAGAGAUCAAGCAGUCUGCUUUGCGAACCUCCCACCCAGGGGUUAAAUUCACAAUCCCUCUGUCUGGAUAUGGUGGGACAAGCAAUGUGAUCCUGGAGGAUGUGAGGAAGUGCUCUGAUGGCUACGUAGCCACGCUGAGUGGUGUUCAGGCUGGCAGGGUCAGCAAGCUGUGCGUCUGUGUGCGCAACACAGGCUCUCGCGCCGCUUUUGUCAGAGCCGUCGCCUACAUCGACCUGGAGAAGCGCACGGUCAUGCAGUCUUCUGCCAUCAGCCUGUCACCUUCACAGUUUGUGCUCAAGGAGAGGACUCAAGAGGUGAUUACAGUGGUGAUGAAGGCAUCUCGUAGGGAGCAGGCUCUCUGCCAGUCACAAAGUGCCGUCCUUGCCACUGUCUGCCUCUUCUGUGGAGACGAGAUAUCUCGCCAGCAGUUCAGGAAGUUACUGCGCAUCAAACCUGAAGCAGGGAAAAAAGUAUUGUCUGAAAACAGCUUGUUGAAAAACAUUUCCUUUGAUGAGCCUUUCCUUGGAGAGGAGCUUGUUCAGGAAGCUUAUGACCUUCCCCAGAGGCCAAAUGAGGCUCAACUUUUCUAUGGCAACAUGAAUAAGGUUAUUCUGUCCCUCUUGGGCUCGGUGGAAAUGUCCGACUCAGGAGAGAGCGACCACACUGAGUGCCUUAAGCCAUCUCAGCACAACAUUCCUGACUCGGACAGUGGAUUGGGGACAUCGGAGCGUCAGUUUAGUAAUGUCUCCCUAGAUGUGCUGCCAGUGAAAGGGCCACCACUGUGCAUCUCUGAGCCUGUGCUAAAGCAGCCUGAGCCUCGGGUGAACCACAGCUGGAGCAUCCAGCCUGAGCAGCUCCUACUCACUGCGCCUAGCAUCAAUGGUACAGCUGACACCAAGCAUAUGCAGAUCCGGAACCAUUCAGAUUGUGAGAUGGGCUUUGAGCUGUCCUGGCCAGCUCAUUGCCUGACCAUCACUCCUCAACACGGAGUCAUUCAGCCCAGGAGCCAUUUGCAGGUUCUCAUCAGCCCAAAUCCCUCACUGGCUACAAAUUCCUCCAUGCUCCCUUGGAUUGGCCAGAUCUAUGUUCAGUGUGACGAUCAGCAGAAGUCCGUCCGAGUGCAGAUCCGUCAGGACCUGGCCAUGGACACCUCCACUGCAGGCCCUUCCCCAGACCGCUCGCUGUGCCCCCUGCCUCCCCAUACAGAGACCCCUGCAGGCCCAGGUCUGAAAUCCCAGAACUGCAGCCCACAGCCACAGGUGGAAAUUAAGAACCGCACUCUGGUCUUUCCCUCCACCCUUUCAGGAGAGUCCUCAGAAUGUUGUCUAGAGGUGGAGAACAAUGGAGAAGAAGUGAGGUGGUACCUUUCAUCUUUCGCUCCUCCGUAUGUCAAGGGUGUAGAUGGUAGUGGAGAUGUGUAUCGUGCCACGUAUACCGCAUUCAGAUGUGAGAGAGUGUCUGGGAUGCUGGGUGUUAAAGACAAGAUGCAGGUGCCAAUUGUAUUCCUCCCACGGGAUGGGGGAGACUAUGCUCAAUUCUGGGAUCUGGAGUGCCACCCGGUGGCCAAACCACAGCAGAAGAGCCGUGUCCGCUUCCAGCUCUGUGGCAUGGGUAUAAGGGCGAGUGCAGGGCACAGCCAUAAAGACGACUGUACUCUAAUUCGAACUGAAGGCAAUGUGAAGAGCAGGAAGCGAGUGGAGUUUUCAGGCCCUAGGGCUGGCAUGGAAGCCUCCAGACGAGGAGUGUAUGCACCUCAGAGCCUCUACACGUUCCCUGCCACCCGCGUGGGGGAGGUCAGCACACUGAAGGUUAACUUUCGCAAUAGCUCUUCCAGUAUGCAUGAGCUGAGAUUCUUGAGUCCUACAGAGCCUUUCUACAUCAAGCAUUCCAAAUAUUCCCUAAGGACACAACAUUACAUCAACCUCCCUGUACAGUUCAAGCCAGCUGCGGUAGGCCAAUUCUCCGGCUUGCUUCUCGUUCAGUCAGAUGACGACAUUGAACUCAACAUAGACCUCACCGGGGAAGCUGUACCCUGAGCCAGCAUGCUUAAGAUGCUCAGUCUUUCACUUGCUUUGAAGGUUAUUGUGAGGCACAAAGAGGAAAAUUUGAUUUUAGAAGUGAAUGUUUUAGUAAGGGCUCAUCCUUAGAGUUCAAGUGCAGGAUGGACGGUGAAUGAAGCAUAUGGUGUCCAUAUUCUACCGAACUGGAUCACAUGGUGUGCCUGGGGCAUGUUCUAUGAUGCAUUUCCAGUUUUUGAUGUCCAUCACAGAUUUAAAAAUAGUAAUCAAAUGUUUAAAUUGGAGAUUUGACUUCAUUAGUUGACAGUUGCACAUUUUGUACAAUACACUGUAGAUGUAUUUAUUUUAAAAUCACUGUUCUAAAUAAAAUAAAGAUUUUCAUAUUUAGUUGUGUUUAUGUAAAUUGUACCCAUAACAUUAAAAGUACAUCACUUAGAUUAAUUAGAAGACAUUUCAAAUACACUUCCAAAGAAAGAAUGACUGACGUAUUUGCUUAUUAUUGCAAAUAUAUCAGUGGAAAGGGAAAUUAAUGGACAAAUUAAUUUCUUUGGAAAAAGGAACAUGUAUUCAGUUUAGAAUUCUAAUGUGGCUUUUAAUGGAUCUAAUGGGUUUCAGAAUUGACACUUGUUGCUGGCAGUAUCUUUGUUUGUUUAUAGUAUUUUUGGACUUAUGUCUACUAUCCUUAGAUAAGUUCUCAAGUCAUUCUGGAUAAGAUUGUUAAAUGUCAUAAAUAUGACUGCCAUAAUGUAAUGCAGUGUAAUUUAGAAUUAGUUCUUUUAAUGACUAAAUAUCAUUAAUAGAAAAAUCAACUUCAGAUUAUUGAUUUGCAAAAUCUUGAUGAAAGCAUACCAUACAAUUAGUGCACAGUAGGUCUAAAUACACUGUGACAACUCAUGAAGUACUGCUAAUGAACUUGCUGUGUGCAAUCACUAAAUCUGUAAUACAGGGUUCAACUCCAGACUUCAACCUGUCUUAUUUCUGAUCCAUUUGAAAUUGAAUAAAAGAAAACCAUAUCUUUCCAUAUGUAAAAUGCAUAGAUCUGGAUUGUGUAAUUACUAAGCAUCUUUUCAUGAGAAUGGUGUGCAGACCUGGAGGAGGCUUCUGCAGCCAUGUAUACAGCUGUAUGGUAGCACUGGGGACUUCGCUGCCAUCUUCAUGGUGGCUGAGAAAAUCAGUAGUAUACUUACUCCAGGAGCUUGUGCAUUUGAAAUGUCUUAGUUGCAUUUAGCUGUUAGUUUGAAGAAACCAGCAUAGUUGUAAUGAAGUGUCAAUACCUGGGUGCACUAUUAUGAGGAAAAAUGGUGUUUCUGGAAGGGUACCUAUUGCUUCUCAUUGAAAAUUUGUUUAUCAUCAGACAGAAAUGGAUUUUCUCUUUUUGAAGACCCACCUAAUAUACAUUCCUUGACAUUUCCUGAAAGACAGCGCAGCUGGUAAACCCUCAUGGUUUUGGCCUGUUAUCACAGCAAGACCUUAGCAUUUUCGCAGGACCACUGUUGCACACACACAGCUCACAAGUGCAUUGUGUUUACAGACAUCAGUGCAAACUAGGCUUGUCCAGGCUCCUCAACCUAUGGCUACAAUAUUCAGAAGGCCAGUUUACCAGGGCCAUUUAACAUGUGCUCCCACUGUGGUUUUGACCUUUUUAUAUUUUUCAUUCAUCAAUUAUUUUCACUCUUGUAUUGCAUUUUAUGCUCAUAAUUAAUUUCUGUUCAGUAUUAAGGAAAGCUCACACUCUGGCCUAUGUACCUUUGUUGCAACCCCUUGCAAGCUGAUAACUCAAGGUUUAAUAACUGAACAAUGCAGAAAGCACCAGUUUUUAACUGUUGGUCAUGUUUUCUUUACUUUGAUGACAAAUGAAAGGUGAGAACUCCCAUAUUAAGACUUUUACAAUUUUAUAUCUGAAGUGCUUACUUUGAAGAUAAUUUAUGCUGAAUAAACAUGUUUCUCGGCCAUCAGCACUAAAUCUU